AUGACUCUGCAAGCUUUGCACAUCUAUAAAGCUAAUGAUGCUAACCGCAGCCUGGCACGGCGCGCACGUCUUUCUGCUCCCAGUGCACACAAAGCGGAUGGGGUGCGGGGGGGGGGGGGGGGGGGGGGGGGGUAUGAGGAGUGGGUACCUCCCUUCCACUGCAGGAGGAGGAGGGUGGCAGCUCCUUUCACUGGGAACAGGGAGACACAAUGCAGCCGGGUCAGCGUAGGGUCAGAGAAGUGCAUGAACUGUGCGAGUGCAGGCAGGCCGCCGGCAGACGUACAGGUGAAGGAGCGCACGCCAUGA